GAUCCGCUGUGGCGACCCCUAAAGGGAGCAGCUGAAAGAAGAAGAGGCGUAGUGGCACAUCAUUGGUCAGAGUGGCUGCAGUGGAACUUCCUAUUGGCUGAUUCUGUUGCCCCGCCAGUCGAGUCUUGAAACAGCGCCAUAAUUAAACUGCAGUCAACUUACGUUUUCUGUGGAUUGUUUGCGGUCCUAUUUUCCAAGAUAGAAUCGGAUAAGCCAGCGUGAAGUUGCUCUAGGCAGGUUGUAACUUUAUUAAUCCUUUUCUAACCGUCCAAAGAGUAGAGUUUCGUCACGUUUAGGAAGGUAACAAGGGAGCUAAUAUGGCCCGAGUGGCAGGCUAACGUGAUUAGCAUAGCAGGGGGUAACUGAAGUGACGGCCGUGUUUUCUGCGUUAAUUUUAGCGCUCACAGCGGCGCUGCCAUCAGCAGCAGCGGGGAUGAGCUACCCACGGAGCCUCCAGGCUCUGCCGGGCGGAAUGUUGGAGGUUUUUACUGCGGAGAGCGCAAGAGGAAGAAACGUGGUGAACUCUCAGACUCCACUGAGUUUCCCUAAAUCCAGAUCAGCUCUGUGGGACAGCAACCCUGUGGGGGAGAAACUCCAUCUUCAUCUCAGCUCGCACAGGAAGCCUCGGUUGGUGCUGUUGGAGAAAGCUCUUCGUCUGGCGCAUCGUCACGCCCGCCGCAGUAACAAGCCCCGACUCCACUGUUUCUUCCUGGGAUCAAUUUCUGUUGACUCAGAUGAGGAGGGUGUCACAAUAACUCUAGACCGCUUCGAUCCGGGUCGGGAUCAGGCCGGCGCCUCGGGCCGGGUUCCCUCUGCUCUGCUGCCUGGAGACGUCCUGGUUCCCUGUUUGUUCUCCACUCAGACUGAAACUGUUUCUGAUACUGUUGUCCAAUCAGAGACUGAGCUCCAUCACUGCUUCAAGGUGUUGCAGCAGUUUGUGAGCAGCCGACAGACUCUAGAUCUGUCACAGCUAUUGAAGAUCAGCGGUCACGUGGUCUGUUCUCAGCAGAGUGAUGCUGCAGUGUUUAGCCUCAGUUGGUCAGUCAUCAGUCCAUCUGUCAGCGUGGACGUUCAGCCAGUCAGAGCGGUUCCCAUAAUCCCCACUGCUCUGCUGAGGAGUCUGACCAGCAUCAGUCGACCGCUGCAGCAUAACAGCAGCCGACAGAGAGGGUUUCUGACCAUGGACCAGACCAGGAAACUCCUCCUGCUGCUGGAGUCUGAUCCAAAGGCCUCCAGCCUGCCGCUGGUUGGACUCUGGCUGAGCGGAGUCACGCAUGUCUACAACCCUCAGGUGUGGGCCUGGUGUCUGAGAUUCAUGUUUAGCUGCACCCUCCAGGAUAGGGUCCUAUCAGAGAGCGGCUCCUUCCUCCUCGUUGUGUUUGGUUGCACUCACAGGGCUCCUCAGUUCUUCCAGUGUCGAGGAUCAGGACCACAGCUGGACUGCCAGCUGCUGACUGCCUCCCAAACAGCCACUCUCUACCAGCAGGUGGUGCAGGUGGAUGGUCAGACUCUGCAGGUUGAGCUGGGUUCAGAGGAUCACAGCAGACAAAUGGAGGUCUUCAGAAAGGCUCAGAUCUCAUUCAGCAGUGCCCCCCCACUCGCUGCCAGUCUUUCUGUCAAUGAUCAGGACUCUGGAGUUGAGGAUGAAGACGUUUCACCACGACCGUCUCCAAGCCCUCAUCCCCCGGCUCAGCAGGCUCGAAGAGUUCAGCCAUCUGUUCCUGAACUCUCUCUGCUGAUUGACACCAGCUUCACUUGCAGUCCCAACAGUGGGCUGGAUCCUCGCUCCGCCUGCAAGGCUCCAGCUGUUAAGAGGCCGGCCCAUCCAAGUGGAACCUCCUCCACCUCCUCUUUAGCCCCUAGACCUCCGCCUCAUCUUCAGAGCACUCCCAACUCCAACCCACAGCAGCUUUGCACCUGCUGCUCCACCCAUCCUUAUAACUGCACUACCAUCUUUGCCUCCCCAGAUUUCCAUCAUGCUGCAGCCUCACCCGCCUCCCAGCAUCACGCUGCGGCCUCACCCGCCUCCCAGCAUCACGCUGCGGCCUCACCCGCCUCCCAGCAUCACGCUGCGGCCUCACCCGCCUCCCAGCAUCACGCUGCGGCCUCACCCGCCUCCCAGCAUCACGCUGCGGCCUCACCCGCCUCCCAGCAUAAUGCUGCGGCCUCACCCGCCUCCCAGCAUAAUGCUGCGGCCUCACCCGCCUCCCAGCAUAAUGCUGCGGCCUCACCCGCCUCCCAGCAUAAUGCUGCGGCCUCACCCGCCUCCCAGCACAAUGCUCCUUCUGCUUCUAGCCUCGACUCCACUUCUCCUCCUCUUCCAUCUAGUAACCAUCCUGCUCCUUCUUUACCUCCUCCCUCCACCAUUCAGUUUAUUGCUCCAUCAUUUACUUAUCCUGCCCCCUCUACAUCCCAUCACCAUACUUCACCUCCACGGUCCUCCAAUGAACCAGCUCCUCCUUCCUUUAAUACCUCUACCGUCCACUCCACCUGCCACCGCACUCCUCCCUGCACACUUGCUUUUCCUCCUACUCCUUCCUUCCCCUGCAGACACCCUGCUCUCCCAGAAUCUGGUGACUUGCCCUUCCUGCACCACUCCCAUCCAGCAGCAGACCCUGUGUCUCCCCCCUGUCUUUCCCGACAGUCCUGUAUGAAGUGCUGUUAUCAGGCAGGUGGAGUAGUACCAUCAGACACUUACCAGCUCCUCCUCCAGCAGGACCACCAGCUGCGUCUGUUGCAGGCUCAGGUCCAGUUACUUCUGGAGGCUCAGAAGAAGCUUCAGUCCUCUAGCCAUUCCCUGGGUGACACACACAAACCCAGGAGCAUGGCCAGCAUUGCUGUAGGAACAGGUGCCAGUCUGUUCUGGGGGAAUCCUGUUCAGACCCUGUCACAUCAGGAGGUGCAGGUUUCCCCUCCCCGCUCUACACCCAGACCUCCACCUUCGUCUUCCUCCUCCAGCUCCUCAGCCUCCUCGUUGUCACUCAUCAGGCCAGUGGGUGGAGCUGAGGAUGGUGUCAUCAGAGGCCAUUCAGCUCCCUGCUCCCCACCUGGUCCGUACAGCAGCGCUCAGCAGAGUCCAGUUCUGGGAGAAAGUGCCAGCAUGUACAAACCUACAGAUGAACAGCAGUCCUUCUACCACAACCUCAUGACUCAACUCACCAGUCGUCUCCAGGAGUCAGACAGCAAACAGGAAGUGGAGGAGGAGUCCAGGAGGAGGAGUCUGUCUGUGGUUUCUGAUUGCUCUCAGUCCAGCAGGAAGCAACAGCAGAGUCCAGUAGAAGACCCAGUGGUCAAUGCCACUCUGCAACAGCUGCAGCAGCUCGGCGUCCAUGUGGAUGAAGAUGUGACAGAGUCUGGCAAAAACCAACGGAAAGCUGUGGAGACUGCCAGCACUCUGGCGAGCAUCAACCCAGCAGCAGUGCUGUCCAGACUGACUGUGUCUGAGUCAACAUCCAGUGCUCUGUUUCCGGCAGGCAGUGUGGAUCUGAGCCUGGAGGCCAAUGCCAUCGCCCUGCGCUACCUGAGUGACUCUCAGCUCAGCAGGCUAUCCUUAGGAGGCCACGUACCUCAUUCUGGUCCCACGUCCUCCUCCACCAGUGACUCUCUGCUGUCACCUACUAACAUGUCUCUGGCCACGAGGAAGUACAUGAGAAGGUAUGGCCUUAUUGAGGAAGAGGAUGGUCAAAAUGAGAAGGCACAAAAUGAAGUUGGAUUUCAGGAGACAUCAGAUCGUCAGCCACUGACAGAAGCUAAGAAUGUUAAGGUCCUCCCACAGAGUCAGCUGAUCCAGGAUUUGCGGCCAAAAAUGCAGUUUUUAGUCGAGAACACUGAGCCGUACACCAGCAACAAGGAGAACUGUUCCACCAGGAGGCCAUCUUUAGUCAGGGCAAACCUCCAUCAGACAGAGGGAUCACUGGGAAACAUCCUGGACCUGAGCCGCCUGAGACAGCUGCCCAAACUGUUCUGAUGCCCAAAGGGCCAAUAAAUUGACCCCUUACUGGACUUUAAUAUGCACUAAGCUUUUAUAAAUGGGAAUGGAGCCUGGUGUGUGUGAGGUGCUUUGUGUAUAGCUUCUAGCUGGUCUGACUCCUGGUUUUCAUGGUCACACUGGCUGUCACAGGAACUCAGCUGUCGUUAGUCAUAGCAAUCCUCUGAUACACAGAGGUAUGUGUGUAGAAAAUCCUGGACCUGACCCAUCUGAGACAGCUGCCCAAACUCU